AUGGCUGUGGCCAACAACUGCGCGCACUCUUUCAAGAUGAUCAAGUCGGACAACACGCUGAUCCAAUGGACGUGCAAUCUGUGCCACUCGGGACCGCACUGGUGGAUCUUCGAAUGCCGGUACUGCAAGCUCCACACAUGUCGUGCCUGCAUUCACAGUGCCUGA